GCCGAAAGAAUCAACUAUGUAGCUAGUAUCAAACUUGACUAGAGACCCAACAACUUUAGUUUCAACACCGUCUUAUCGAACCAUUAGAAUCAUCCGUUUAUUCUCAGAUAACGGCACAAGAAGCUGAUCUUCGAAGUCAUAUUUAGAAAAUAUUCACACACCCGCAUUCAAAUAUCUCCCGCCCAGAUCUGCCUUACGACAAUAAUACACUCAACAACCCAAGUACACGGGUCUAAUCCAGAUUCCAAUUAUGGCACCCAAAGAAGAUAGGAAACCAGAACUCCUCCCACCCUCGUCCUUCUCCGAACCCUCAGACCCUUCCGAGAUCAUACCUGAGGACAAGGGGGAAAAGAAAUGGACGGGUGAGCAGGGAGAGAAUCCUCAACUCAUUGCCCAUACUCCUGGGAAGCAGGGUGCUGAUAGGAACCGAGCGGGAAAAGGAAAGGGCAAAGAUAAGGGAGGCAGGUCAACGUUGGGUCCGCCGGCUGGUCAGGUUGGGACUGCCAAGGCAUAUGAUGCAAUAGAGAAGAAAGGAGGCUAUGUGGGAGGAAAGUUGAACUCAAAGUUGUAAAUUGAGAGUUCGAUGGCGGGGACGGGUCUUGGUGUCAGUGUGAAAUAUCCAAACCAAAUGCGGAAGAGACAGUUGGGAUGCAGGGUGACGAUGUGUUGGCCCUCGGUGUUCUAUGCAUAGCCAUUAUAUUGCAUACCUGGAUUUGUCAAUAAGGAAGCCUCUUGAGA